AUGGAGGCUGCUUCUGCCAGGGCGGCCGCCCGGGACCGCUGGAGCGAGUUCGGCCACGCCCCCUCCCAGCUCCAGCGCUUCAUUCAAGGCGCCUGCAGUCCCGAAAACUAUGAGCCGAACCUGGCUCUGAGUUUGGAGAUUGCCGAUUUGAUCAAUAGCAAGAAAGGGUCCGCCCCGCGUGAGGCCGCCACCAUGAUUGUUAGCUACAUCAACCAUCGAAACCCAAAUGUUGCGCUGCUUGCUCUCAGCCUGCUCGAUAUCUGCGUCAAGAACUGCGGCUACCCUUUCCAUCUACAGAUCAGCACUAAAGAGUUUUUGAAUGAGUUGGUUCGCAGGUUUCCCGAGCGCCCGCCUAUGCGUCCGACCAGGGUUCAGGCCAAGAUUCUCGAGGCUAUUGAGGAAUGGCGCGUUACCAUAUGCGAGACGAGCCGCUACAAGGAAGACUUGGGCUUCAUUAGGGAUAUGCAUCGCCUUCUGAGCUACAAGGGCUACAUGUUCCCCGAAGUGCGACACGAAGAUGCCGCAGUUUUGAACCCCAGUGAUAAUCUCAAGUCGGCUGAAGAGAUGGAAGAGGAGGAAAAAGAAGCCCAGUCCGCGAAGCUCCAGGAGCUCAUUCGACGUGGCACUCCCGAAGAUCUUCGAGAAGCCAAUCGCCUAAUGAAGGUAAUGGCCGGUUACGAUACCCGAUCCAAGACCGACUACCGCGCCAAAGCGGCGGAAGAGGUAGCCAAGAUCCAAGCCAAAGCCAGGUUGCUUGAAGAACGGCUAGAAGCGUUCAGGCCCGGCGAUAAAAUGUCCGACGGCGAUGUGUUCAGCGAACUGGCCUCGGCAUUGCAGAGCGCACAGCCCAAGAUCCAAAAGAUGUGCGAAGAGGAAUCGGAUGAUCAUGAUGCUGUUGCUCGGUUACUUGAGAUUAAUGAUAGCAUUCACCGCACUGUCGAAAGAUACAAGCUUAUCAAGAAGGGGGAUGUAGACGGCGCGGCUAAAAUUGCAGCGGGUUCUCUUAUCCCCUCGGGUCCAGCGAAGACGCCAUCAAGCUCUGGCGACGCAGCGAACGAAUUAUCUUUGAUAGACUUCGAUGCCGACGCGGCAAACGACGGUAAUGGCAUUGGAAACAACCAAAACAAUGGCGGGCCCGCGGGUAGCACCUCACAGGCUAGUGGGUUGGAGAAUGACUUGUUAGGGCUGGAUAUUGGCAGCUCAUCAAGCAAUUUUGGUCAGGGAGGCAACAUUGUCCUUGGCUUUGGAGCCAAUCAAAAUAUUCCAGGUCCAGCUCUGUUAUCUUCCAUGACACAGGACAAUAGUGCCAGCGGAAAUGUCUCUAACCAGACGCCUUCCUUCUCCCAAUUUGCCUCAUUCACAUCUCCUGCAGCUUCGCAACCUGGCACCCCGCAACCUGCAGUUCAUCAACAACCCAAACCCCCUUCAUAUCAACCGGCCUCGGAUCCUUUUGCUGCCGUAGGAGCCGCAUCCGCAUUAACAUCUGCCCCAACUCCCCCACCUCAACCCGCUGCUGUCUCUAACGACGACGACGAGUGGAACUUCUCGUCAUCGCUUCCUCCAGCGGCGCCUAACAAGCCCAAGGAGCACAAGGGAACUAUCAAUCAGGGUCUACUGCGAACAGACUUCCUGGCAGGGCGUGCCACUAGCGCGAGCAACUCAAUCCAUAUAACCUUUGCCUUCUCAAACAACUCUGCCCAGCCCAUUACCGAACUGCACUUCCAGUUGGCGGUUACCAAGGGCUACGAGCUACAACUCAAGCCACAGACUGGCCGAGAUCUUGCGCCCAAGCAGAGUCGCGGCGUCACCCAAGAAGUAGACAUUUGGCACGCCGGCAACCGAGGACACAGGGUAGACUCAGUCAAGCUGAGAUGGCGCGCCACGUAUAAUGUCGGUGCGGAGAAGAAGAACGAAAUGGGCGAGAUUCCUGAAUUUAGCCUGGCAUAA